AUGGCGCUGUGGAGACGGACAAAGGCUGGCAAUGAGGAGUGUAACCGCGCUGUCCUGGUCGCAGUGUCGAACUUUGACCACGGUGUACCACUGUGCAGGAGGCCGGGGGCAGAGAAAGACGCCAAAAGACUCCACCGUACCCUGACCAGACUGGGAUACAGAGUGGACAUACACACUGACCUCACCUCUCAUGAGAUGUACACACUCUUCAAGACAGAGAGCGAGCGGCCAGUGAAGGAGUGUUUCCUGGCAGUCCUGUCGUCUCACGGGGAGGAGGGCUGUGUGUUCGGGGCGGACGGAAGGCCGGUUAGACUGUCCCACAUCUUCUCCUGCUUCAACAACUCACACAUGGAGGGAAAGACCAAACUGUUCUUUAUCCAGGCGUGCCGUGGGGGUGAGCUGGAUGAUGGGGUGACAGUGGAGACGGAUUCAGCAGGAAGUGAUGUCACUGAGGACACUCUGUCUCAGUACCUGUCCAUCCCCAUGGAUACAGCGGUGAUGUACGCCACCACGCCAGGUUACGGGGCCUUCAUGCACCCUCUGGGGGCUGUCUUCCUCCAGACACUCUGCAUCCUAUUGGAGGAGGAAGGGGGCAGGGCCUUGGAGCUGACACGCCUCCUGACACGCCUCUCCCACCGUGUAGCCUUUGGCUUCCAGGCCAAAGGUCGUCUGCUAGGGGGGAAGAAGGAAAUGCCUUGCUUCGUAUCGCGACUGACCAGAGAGGUGUUCCCAUUCGCCGAGCGCGGGAAGGAGGGCGGGGCCAAUGGGCUUUCUGCAACGACAUUGGUCAACCCAGAGUACAACAGACCUCGCAAACCAUCUAUAAGCUAA